UGUAGAAGUCACAAACGACCCUUCAAAUAACUUCAUUUGUUAUUCCAGCGUAUGAUCUGGUGAGCAGGUGAGUGUUCCUUGACAAUGCUCUUUGCCACAAGGCACGUGACUACGGUAACCAAGGAACCAAAAGCGGAAUGAUAAGCAACAAUAUAUCCUGGAGACUGAGGUAAUUAAUGAAGCUGCAAUACCACGAGCAGCUUAGCAAUGUGAAUGAGCAUCGGUCGGGAUGCCCUCCUACUUUUAUCAUUUGGCUAUCGAAUUGUUUGCUCAUCCUCAGUCCGGUCUUGGAUUCGCCUCUCAGAGUGUCGACCAUCGAUCACCUACGUCUCUAUCAUUUGACUCCGCAUGUGAAGCUCUGCUCCCGUUUCAGAAGCGGGCGCGACAGUCGAUAUCAACGAUUCAUAACAGCCACCAGUCUCGGACUACUUCUUCUCAAUCGGCGAGCGCGACAGCAACGGCGCAUCCUACUGUACCCCACCUCUACACGAAAUCACCCACGAGUGCGAGCGACUUUGAGAACGAUCUCAGACUAGACAAAAUAUCAAUCGAAUGUGUUGAUAUGGUACCCUCGGAACACGAAAGCGCAACGGCUUCAAAACGGAUUGGCAAGCGAGACGUCAAGGACAACCCGGUUGCGACCGGGAUCGGCACCGAUAUUCUCGGCGGGCUACGCACCAAGGGGCAAUAUAUACCACUUGACCAGCAGACGUCGGAGAGUAUCUGGGGUAUUGUGCACCUUUACCGAGAUGCAGAGGAGACGCCGUUUCUCGUCGGCGAGGACUACCCUCUGGAGCUGAAAGGGUCGGCGGCGGCGGCCAAACAGCCGUAUGAUCAGCUCGGUGGGCGCCAGGAUGCGCCGGCUAAGGGCCACUCACUUUCUCUGCGCCAGGAUGAGGAUUGCACGACUCUGUGUAUACUUGCGGUGCCAUCUUACAUGUCGCCUUCUGACUUUCUGGGCUUCGUGGGCGAGGCGACAAUGGAUGAAGUGAGCCAUUUCCGAAUGAUCAGGACGGCGAGGGCGAAUCGGUAUAUGGUUCUGAUGAAGUUUCGGAGCGGGAAGAAGGCGAAGGAGUGGCAGAAGGAGUGGAACGGUAAAGUCUUCAAUAGCAUGGAGCCGGAAACGUGCCAUGUCGUUUUUGUCAAGACGGUUGAGAUUCAAGCCGUCAAUUCCGACUCUGACCUCUCGGCUUCCCAGCAGAGCGCACCUUCUGCUUCGCAUGUUGCGACAAGCCCCCAGCGGACGGCCAUACCCACCUCUGUUCAGCCGAGCUCCAUACCCACUGCCACCCUCUCGAGUAAACCGCUUGCGCCUCCCACACCCGCGCUCAUCGAGUUACCCACCUGCCCCGUGUGCUUGGAACGCAUGGAUGAAACGACGGGGCUGUUGACGAUAUUGUGUCAGCAUGUCUUUCAUUGCACUUGUCUACAGAAAUGGAAAGGAAGCGGAUGCCCGGUGUGUCGAUAUACACAAGAUGACUUCCGCAGGGGCAGUCAAGGGGCGGCGUACGGGGAUGAGCCGGCAGAGUGCAGCGUCUGUCGCUCCGAGAUCAACCUCUGGAUCUGCCUCAUUUGUGGAAAUGUCGGCUGCGGCCGCUACGACGGCGCGCACGCUUUCGCACACUACAAGGAGACCUCGCACGCGUUUUCAAUGGACCUUGCCAGUCAACGCGUGUGGAGCUAUGUAGGCGAUGCGUAUGUCCACCGGAUCAUCCAGAGCAAGACAGACGGCAAGCUGGUGGAACUACCUGCAGCGGACAAUAGCGCGCUUGAUCCUCCCGACUGGAGCGAUGCGGUGCCCCGCGAAAAGCUGGAGAACAUGAGCGUCGAGUACACACACCUCCUCACAAGCCAGCUGGAAAGUCAGCGCGCUUACUUCGAGGAAAUCGUCGAGCGAGCGGCCGACAAGGCAUCGCAGGCUACCGCGGCGGCCUCCAUGGCACAAGAAACGGCCGAAAAGGCGGCUGCCAGUCUACGGGCCCUGCAGGCGCAGUACGAUAAACUGGCCGCCGAGACUCUCCCCGGUCUCGAGCGGGACAAGGCUCGAGCCGAAAAACGAGCGGAGAAAUUCGAGGCCAUGACGCGCAAGAUGGAGAAGGAAUGGCGAGAGGAAAAGACAAUGAACGAGAGCCUUAUGAAGCGUAUCGAACAUUUGACGGCCGAAGUCGCGGAGCUCAAAGCCGCAAACGCGGACUUGACGGAGCAGAAUCGUGACCUCACGUUCUUCAUCAGCGGCUCGGAACGCCUCAAGGAUCAAGGUGAGGACGUGGUGCAAGGGACUGUCAGUGUUCCGGAUCCUCCGGCCAACAGUAAACGGAAGGGCAGAGGGAAGGGGAAGAAGUAGUUCGACAUCAGCCGUGAUGUUGUAUGUCGAUCAUGGAAAACUUCUCUGUCGUCAUCCCAAACGCAGUACCUUGAUCCAUUGAUCAAGAAGGUAUGCAGAGGAGAUUCAGACCGGUUGCUACAAGUCAGGUCUCUAUAAGCACUGCUCCUCUGGUACCUUGGGCCCUCCGAGGGACAGGGACGGUUCCUCGUUUGCGUUGUGACUGGGGAUUGCUUGCCUUCUAGCCUAUACUAGUGAGGGACCCCAUGCGCAUAAGACGCUGGAGGCUAUUGAAAAUUCGCCAUUGUGUGAAUCGCUCCACCAGAAUAAAGCACUUUCUAGCAGAAUAGUCAGUACUCAUUACUGAAAUCACCACUUGAUCUGUUCC